AUGGGUAAGAAGAGGACUUUGAUCGUCCUCUCGUCCUCAGACGAGGACGAAAAGGGUAGAAGACCUGGGUCGUCUUCAAGGCCGAGGUCGGUGGCAUCGUCGAAGAGCUCCCGCAGAGGAGGGAGCUCCAGGAAGCUCAACGUCGGCCGAUCUAGGGCUCGUUCUUGCAGUCAAUUUGAAGAAGCGAAGAGUUUGCAACCCUUCUCCAACAUCACGAUCAAGUCUGUUGAGAGUUCGUCAAAUUUUUUGGAAGAACUUCAAUCAUCUCUUGAGAAAGCUGGGGCCCAUAAGGUAGUUUUUAAUCCGCUUACCGUAAAUUCUAUAAAGAAAACUCUUUUUAGAAUAUGCGAGGAAGAGAAGUGUGAUGUGACUGGAAACUGGAUAGAUCAUAUAGCACGAACUAGUGGAGGUGACAUCAGACAUGCAAUAACGUCUUUGCAAUACUUCUGUUUAAGACCUACAGAUGGUUUUUCCUUAGCAACAUCGACUCUGCCAGCAAUACAAUCUAAGACAAGCGUAUACAAGCAUAAUUCAGUAUCAUCUCCAAGUCUUGCAGGCACGGAGGACCUAGAUGCCCCACCAUUCUUGCCUUUUGGAUUUGGACGAGAUGAAACAAUAAACCUGUUUCAUGCCCUGGGGAAGUUUCUGCACAACAAGAGAGAAACUGAUGAUUCAUGUGCACUUGAACAGCAUUCACUUGUUCUUCAGGAGAAAUUAUCAAGAAGCCCUCUUAAGAUGGAUGCUCCGGAGGUAGUUCUUUCUCAGGCUCAUGGGCAAGCAAGGAAGGUUGCUGAUUUUCUACAUGAAAAUGUUCUUGAUUUUAUAAGCGGUGAAGCUAUUGAUGAUGCGUGGCUUGUGACUUCUUAUCUAUGUGAUGCUGAUUUACUACUUGAUAAUGCUUCACAUCCAACAAGGUUCCACAUGAUGUCCGAGAUUUAUGAAUCAGAAAAUCUAGCACAAGUAGUAGCUGCAUCAGUUGCAACACGUGGGGUGUUAUUCGGAAAUUCACACCCUUCACCUUCAAGGUGGCACACUAUUCGUAGUCCGAGGCUUUGGCAAAUUGAGCAGUUAUCAUGGCAUAAUAAGAAUCAGAUGGCAUCUGAGAGAUUUAUGGACUCAAAUCCCUGCAAUUUAUACCAUUCAUCUCACGUCACCAUGGAAUAUGGAUCCACAAUGAAAUGGCUGAGAUCAAAAAAUUUUGAAGUCCCCCACACCUGCCAGAAAGAUAUCUCACGGAAUGACAAUGGGGUGUUUGAUUUUGACUGGAUGGAUCAAGAAAAGGAUGAAACUUCGGAAGAAAUUGAAGAGGAAGAAAUUGAAGACUGGUAGGCUUGAUUCAGUUUGCAAAUUGGUCUGAUUAAAGAAUAUUAAAGCUACGACUGAGGCUUACCUUUUGACAUCCUGCAUCUAAGGCCUGGCUAUAUUCUUGGCUUGGUUGUGGUGCUACUCCAAGAAGACACUGCUUCUAUAUAUUGUAAGUAGAUUUGUAUAUCAUUAAGGUUAGUUUCUUUGACGAACCUUUCUAAAUCCGCGAAUGGUGAACUUUUCAAACUUAUAACCCAGAGCCUGAUGUUUUCCUGAAAUCCUGUAUAUAUUGGUCGGAAUGAAGAAAAUUAGGAGGAAAAGGGGGAAUGGGGAAAAAAGGCAGAUAGUAUGCUUCUUAUUUUGAUAUAUUUACGCUGUAUAGGCAUUGAAAUCAUUUUCGUUGAUUUCUCUUCACAAUGAGCAGCACGUUUACAACGUUCA